UGUUUCAAGAAAAUGACCCCACACGUAUUAUUAUAGUUAGUCUGUAGAUUAGAGGCAUUUUGUGUUUCAGAGCUGCCAUUAAUUACCCCACAUUGAGUUUUUCCAAGCUCUUUCAAACACUAUAAUAAUAAUAUAGAGAAAAUGCGAAGAUUAGACAAAGGGAAGCUGUGGUUUUCACCCUUUUAAAUAGUGCUCAAGAUUUUCUUUAAUGGGGUUGAGGGGUUUCGGUGUCUCAUUUGUCAUAAAGGGUCGAGUUUUGGAAUCUUCCGGUGGUUAAACAAAGUAGUAGUAGUAGUAGUGGUUGGUGUCAGAACAACUGGGUUUCUGUUCAUUUUUGGAGGGGUUGACCUAAAUUUGGUGUCUGAUUCCAGAAUUUUAUAGUAUUUCCUCGAAGCCAUUUUGCUCCGGGACUGAGAUUUUGGGGCAGUUGUCAUAUGGGUAUUACCUGUUGGGGUAGGUUCAGAGAUAAGAAGUGGGGAAAAGGGCAAUACUUUGGGUUUGCGGGUUUGGUUGAGGAUUUUUGCUGCAUUAAUUGCAGUCUUGAUUACAAAGUCUUUGUGAAUUCGGUUUCUACUUUCUUGAGUAGUUCCCGUCCGAGUGCUACUGUAUAAUUCUUUCUGCUUUCUGUUGGAGUGUAUGUGAAUUAAGUUUCUGCAGUUUCGCGGGUUGGUGCCUGAGGGAAGGAGCAUUGGGUGUUUGCUCAAAGAUCUGAGUGAGAAUUGCUGAUAAGUUUAGAUUUGGGGCCUCUGAGGAAGUGUUGUUGACUAGAGUUUUGAGAAGAGCUGAGAUUUGGGUUUGUGAUUUGUGGCUGUUCAAAUUUGAAGUGCAUUGAUCUUCGUUGAGGAAAUUCUUCUCAAUCCUUCCUGAAAUUGGGUUAUUGAAACUUCUUCACCUGGCUUGUAUAUUGUAGAGAUGGCUUGUGUGAAGUUGGGAUCGAAAUCUGAUGCGUUCCAGAGGCAAGGACAGGCCUGGUUUUGCACAACUGGUCUCCCAAGUGAUAUGGUUGUUGAAGUUGCGGAAAUGUCCUUCCAUCUUCACAAGUUUCCAUUGCUUUCAAGAAGUGGGGUCAUGGAAAGACUCAUUUCCGAGGCAUCUGAAGGAGAAAACGGCUGUGUCAUUAAGCUUCCCGACAUUCCUGGUGGAGCAAAAACAUUUGAACUUGUGGCUAAAUUUUGCUAUGGGGUUAAACUGGAACUUACUGCUGCAAAUGUAGCGUACCUUCGAUGUGCUGCGGAGCAUCUUGAAAUGACUGAAGAGUAUGGGGAGGGCAAUCUUAUUUCUCAAACUGAAAACUUCCUCAAUCAGGUGGUUCUGCGGAGUUGGAAGGACUCGCUGAAAGCACUCCAGACCUGUGAUGAUGUUCUAUCUUUUGCUGAAGAACUCAAUAUUACGAAAAGAUGCAUUGACUCUUUGGCCGCCAAGGCAUGCACCGACCCAAAUUUAUUUGGGUGGCCUAUAAUGGAGCACGGUGGUCCAAUGCAGAGUCCUGGAGGAAGUCUAUUAUGGAAUGGAAUAAGCACUGGUGCUCGACCAAAACAUGCUAGCUCAGAUUGGUGGUACGAGGAUGCAUCAACUUUAAGUCUAUCUCUGUACAAAAGGUUAAUUUCGGCCAUGGAAUCUCGCGGCAUAAAACCAGAAAUACUUGCUGGUUCCCUUAAUUCUUAUGCAAAAAAAUACUUACCAGGUCUAAACCGGCGUCAGGCUGCCAGUGAGUCCAGCAACCGUCUCGCACCAGUGGGAUCGGUAGCCUCACUCUCGGAAGAGGAGCAGAAACUUCUGCUUGAAGAGAUUGAUCAGUUACUUCCGAUGCAGAAGGGUCUAGUCUCAACAAAAUUUCUAUUUGGUCUACUCAGAACUGCCAAGAUUCUUCGAGCAAAUCCCUCUUGCAUAUCAAACUUAGAGAAGAGAAUUGGGAUGCAGCUUGAUCAGGCAACUCUUGAGGAUCUCUUGAUGCCAAAUUUUUCUUAUUCCAUGGAGACUCUGUACGACGUGGAUUGCGUGCAGCGAAUUCUCGAGCAUUUCUUGGCGAUGGAUCAGGUAGUUGGAGAUGCAUCCCCAGGUUCAGUUGAUGAUGCUCAAUUAAUGGGAUCGCCGUCACUGACGCCAAUCACAAUGGUAGCCAAGCUUAUCGACGGAUACCUUGCAGAGGUUGCCCCAGAUGUCAAUCUGAAGCUCCCCAAGUUUCAGUCUCUUGCUGCUGCUGUUCCAGAGUAUGCACGACCCCUGGAUGAUGGUCUUUAUCGUGCGAUCGACAUUUAUUUGAAGUCUCAUCCGUGGUUGGCGGAAUCCGACAGAGAACAACUCUGCCGGCUGAUGGACUGCCAGAAACUAUCUCUGGAAGCUUGCACCCACGCGGCUCAGAACGAAAGACUGCCUUUAAGAGUAAUAGUCCAAGUCCUCUUCUUCGAGCAGCUACAAUUAAGGACUUCCAUUGCUGGCUGCUUCCUGGUCUCUGACAACCUAGACGGCUCAAGACAAUUGAGAAGUGGCUUGAUGGGGCCGAACGAUGGCGGGUGGGCCACAGCCGUGAGGGAAAACCAGGUGUUGAAAGUGGGUAUGGAUAACAUGAGAAUGAGGGUUUCUGAGCUCGAGAAAGAAUGCUCAAACAUGAGGCAAGAAAUCGAGAAGUUGGGUAAGGUUAAAGGGCCAAGCACUUGGGGGAAUGUUUCGAAAAAGUUGGGGUUCCGGUUGAAGUCCCAAAUGUGCAGUGCUCAAGAGGGAUCUGUCAGUAAGCAGAACAAUGGGAACGUGAAAAUUGAGAAGGCGAAGGAGAAACACGGAAAGGAAAAGAAAAAUGUAGCUUCAGAUGAAUAAGAUUUCUUGAUUGUUUAUUUGUUAACUUUGUUUCCAUUAUUUGUUCUUGCGUGUCAUGUCAUGACGGUAUCCUGUAACUUAGGUAGACUGCAAAAUUGUACUUUAAUGUAACUUGUAACAGUUGAGGCUCAAGUUAAGAAAACCAGCCAAGCUCUCUUAUUGUCAUCAUCUUCAAUUUGCUGUAUGGUUGGGUUAUAUAA